AUGGUUACCCAAGGAGACGAUGACGACGACGAGAAAUUAGUUCGACUCUUGAAAAAGAGAUUGAAGGAUAAGAAAUGUUUCGUUGUGUUAGAUGAUGUAUGGAAAUGGGACAUACGGGUGAUGAACAUCUUGCGAAAAAGGGAUGUUCGAAUCUUGCUAACAAGCAGGCAAGUGAUUGAAAAUUCUUCUAUUUUACGAGUACCCUUAUUGGAUGAUGAAGAAAGUACGAAAUUAUUUGGUGAGAAGGUAUUCGGUGAAAAUGGCUUCCCUUCUCACCUUGAAAAAUUGGGAGAAAGGAUUGCCAAAAAAUGUGAAGGUCUUCCGCUUAUGAUAGUCAUAGUUGCAGAGCUCCUAUCCAAAGAAGACAAGAACCCUGGAAUUCUGGACUGA